AUGGCUGAAGCACUUGUGGCCGCGUCUUUAAAUCAGCCAGCUGACGUAAUGGAACAACAAGUGAAGCUUGUAAUGGGUGUAGAGGAAGAAGCAGAAAAACUUGGAAGCAAUCUCCAAUCCAUCCAAGGUGUACUGGUUGAAGCAGAGAGACGACAAUUCGAAAACCACGCUAUCAGACACUGGUUAGAUAACCUGAAGGAAGUGUCCUAUAGCAUCGAUGAUGUUCUUGACGCCUGGAACAUUGAGAUUCUCAAAGAACAGAUUGAAGAAGGUCAAGAAUCUGUUUGCAGUUGGUUCAAGACACAAUUCCUUCAGCUCCCCACUCUCAAACAACGAUAUAAAAUUGCUCGCGAGAUUAAGAAACUAAAUCAACGACUACAUGACAUUGCCAAAGAAAGAAAGAGGUAUGAUUUUGAUUUAACUUACAGGGGGAAUGAGCAAAUCAAACCACUUGUAGUUAACUCUGCUAUUGAUGCAGCUGAAGUAGUCUCUAUAGUAGGGUUGGGAGGACUGGGAAAAACUACUUUAGCCAAGCUAGCAUAUAAUGAUAGUGAGGUAGAAAAGAACUUUGAGAGUAGAAUAUGGGUUUCUAUCUCAAAACCCUUUGAUGAGAUUAAGAUUGCGAAAGCAAUUCUUGAAAUUCUUAUUAAUUCUGCUUCAGUUCUAGUUGAAUUUGAAGCUAUAAUGCAACACAUAAGAAAAUUACUCAAGGGGAAAGGGUUUUUACUUAUCUUGGAUGAUGUGUGGAAGAUGGUCCUAGCAAGUGGGAGCAAAUGA